AAUAAAAUAAAUCCGUAGGAUUUAAAAAGGACACAAACUUUUUCAAAGUCCCGCCCUGAGACCGGGGUCAGCCGAUUCGACACAGCACUAGCAAGGGGAACAGCUGUUCCCGCCAAGACACCAAAGUGUUGGUUCCUCGCUGCUGGAAGAAGAUGAUCGGACUGGCCCAGGAAAAGUGAAGUGAUCGAAUAUCCAAGAGUCACGGAUGCAGGCAAUCGAUUACCAGUCCGCCGCCCCGCCCCGACCCCGCCUGAACGACACACCCCUUCGCUUCUGGUGUGUGAUCAUGGUGGUACUAGCGAGCUGAGACAGCCUUUUAAUGUGCGGGAAACCUGCUAAACCAGUUGCCCAGGGACUGUGGCAUUUGUGAGUUAUUUGGAGCAUUGUCCAGUUCAAAGGGAACCCACGGGACCAACCUUCAUCAUAACUGUUGUGCAAACCUCAUUCUAAGCUAAGCCGUUGAACCUAUACUUCCUCUUAGCGCUUGGUUUUCCAAGUGCUACUGAUUCUUAUAUUUAUGAAUCGAGUCCUUGGAAAGGCCAACACACUUGAAUGAAAUAGUAGUCACAAUGGGAAACUUCUCAGAGGCUACCCCUGUGGUAGGUUCUCUUAAUUUUAUUGUGGCAUAAAUGGAAUAGCAGGUGCUUGCUGGUGUAAGGUCUGUAGUUUGCCAAUAUAUCCACUACCAAAGCUUUAGAUUCCCAUCAAGUUACCUUCUUUUUUUCUCAGCAAAAUAUAUUUCCAUUAAAAUUUUUUUAUAACCAGAAAUAGAUUCUUAAUUUGCUAAAAAAAAAAAAAUCAUUUUGCCAUGUUAGAAGAUGUUUUGGAAGAAGACAUCUGGGAAUACAAGUCUAAAAGAAAACCCAAAUCAGUACAUACAAACAAUUGCUCUGAGAAUAUUCGAAAAUCUGUUGAAAAAGCAACACAUGGAAAAUGCCAGUCGACACGAAAGAGAAAUAAAAAGAGAACUGUAGAAGCCCAAGAGAAGACAAAGGACCCUGAAACGUGCCUUGGAGAAACAGGUAGUCAGACUUCCGUAGCUUCUAGUCAGAAUUCUAGUUGUGGCGAUGGUAUUCACCAGUCCCAAGACAAGGAAACCACUCCAGGAAAGCACCGUAGGACCCUCAAAAAUAAACAAGUAUCACCAAAGAUACGUCCAGUUUAUGAUGGAUACUGCCCAAACUGCCAGAUGCCUUUUUCCUCAUUGCUAGGUCAGACACCUCGAUGGCAUGUUUUUGAGUGUUUGGAUUCUCCACCAGUCUCUGAAACAGAGUGUCCUGAUGGUCUCCUGUGCACCUCAACAAUUCCUUCUCAUUUCAAGAGAUACACUCACCUCCUGCUGGCUCAGAGCAGGGCGAGCAGGAGUCCUGUCAGCAGCCCAGCCCAUCCGUCAGGGGAUUGUUGCCAUGAGACUAACUCAGGCUUUCUCUGUGGCCUUGAGGAAAGAUGGUCUCUGCCUUGGAAGCAAUCAGAAGACUUAAAUGUUUCAACUCAUCCCUCAUUAGUGACACCGUGUCUCAGGAAAUUUCAAUCUCCAACUGAAACCAAUAAAAAGAUUUCUUCUUCGACAAAUAGCCAAACGUCCCAACAAACCCCACAAUUUCCAGAAGGUAUUAAUAAUGACAAACUGGUAGGAGUAGGUCUCCCUCUUGCUGAGGAACUAGGCAUCCAAAGCAACUCAGAACACAUACGUUCCCCAUUGCCAGAAAAUGACUUUAGCAGCUGUGAAAUCUCUUAUUCUCCGCUUCAGAGUGACGAGGAGACUUACACUAUGGAUGAAAAGCUGGGUGAUUCGCAGCAGGAACUCUUUUUUACGGGAAGCUCUAAAGAUGGCAGCCUGGAAGAGGAUGACAACAGCUCUACUUUGUCUCAAAAACUCCAUGGUGCCUUCCUGAUGGACCAGCAGGAAAGUGGCCCCCACAUGGACAGCUUCUUAAUUCAGGAUAAAUACCAUGAAGUACUAUAUAAAUACAACACUCUAAGUGGUUCAUCUCAACUUUUUUCCCAAAAUAGAAGUGUUAUUUCAUGUGAGGAUCCAGCACAUCCUGGUCAUGAUUUUGUGCUGUUUCCAUCUGCAUUAGCACAGGGGCUUACUUCUAGUUAUCAAGCUGCUAAAGCAAACCUUGGAAAGCCAGAACGUCACCCAUCUCAAUCAAAUAAACAGAAACAUGUCAUUGAAGAAUCAGGUGUUUGCAAUCAGAUUCCUCUUCCAUCACUUAAUAGUGAGAUCCUGAAGGCAAUCGAAAGCCAAGAAGAAGGGGAUCUAUCUUUCCAUCCAACCCAAAGUAAAAUAAGAAAAUUAUCAAGUAAGAACUUCAGUGCUAAGAACACUACUAACUCAGCAUGUGUCUGCAGAAAGGCAUUAGGUGGUAGACUAGACAGUAAAGUUACGGUUCCAAAUACAGAGAAAUCUUCCGGCGCACCUACUGCUGCCGAGUCUCUGAAAAUGUCACCAUCUGGUCCCAAGUGUCCUGCAACACAGCCAUCUCCCAAGGUAAUGAAACAAAUGGAUAUAGGUGUUUAUUUUGGACUACCCCCAAAAAGAAAGGAAGAGAAAUUGCUGGGGGGAAGUGCAGUAGGAGGGAUGAACUUGAAUCCAGUUGUAAGUCCUAAUGAAAAGAGGUCCCGGCAGCGCAAGAGAAAAGCAGAAAAAUCUUUAAGUGAUUUAGAAUUUGAUGCAAAGAAUUUGAAUGAGAGUCAGCCCUCUGUGGAAGUUUCUAAUGAGAGGCCACAACAUAGAAGAAAGAGACUCAAAAAGUCAGAUUCACUAGAGGAAGGAACACCUCAGAAGCGGUCACAUCACCUUAACAGGACAGAAUCCAAAACAGUCAAUUUAAAGAAAGACAAAGUCUCCAUAAAAUCAGCUUGUGGCAGGCUGCAGAGAGGGAAUAUGAAAAUUCCAGAGUCACCUAAUGCAGGACAGUUAAGAAAAAAGACAUGUCCAUUCUAUAAGAAAAUACCUGGGACUGGCUUUACAGUUGAUGCCUUCCAGUACGGAUUGGUUGAAGGGUGCACAGCCUAUUUUCUCACACAUUUUCAUUCUGAUCAUUAUGCUGGAUUGUCUAAAAACUUCACAUUUCCAGUUUAUUGUAGUGAGAUAACUGGCAAUUUGUUGAAGAGCAAACUUCACGUGCAAAAACAAUACAUCCAUCCAUUGCCAAUGGACACUGAAUGUAUAGUAAAUGGUGUAAAAGUUGUUUUGCUUGAUGCCAAUCACUGUCCAGGUGCUGUCAUGAUCCUGUUUUAUCUUCCUAAUGGUAAUGUCCUGUUACACACUGGCGACUUCCGAGCUGAUCCCACGAUGGAACGUUCUCGUCUUGCAGGCCAGAAAGUCCACACGCUUUACUUAGAUACAACAUAUUGCAGCCCAGAAUAUUCCUUUCCGUCUCAGCAAGAGGUUAUCCAGUUUGCCAUCAACACUGCCUUUGAGGCAGUAACUCGAAACCCACGUGUUCUGGUUGUCUGUGGCACUUAUUCUAUUGGAAAAGAGAAAGUCUUCCUAGCCAUUGCUGAUGUUUUAGGUUCAAAAGUGGCCAUGUCCCAAGAAAAAUAUAAAACCUUACAGUGCCUCAACAUACCAGAUCUUAAUUCCUUCAUCACUACAGACAUGUGCAAUUCACUGGUUCACCUUCUCCCAAUGAUGCAAAUUAACUUUAAGGCUUUACAGAGUCAUUUGAAGAAAUGCGGUGGAGAAUUUAAUCAGAUUUUGGCUUUUCGGCCUACAGGAUGGACGCAUUCUAACCAGUUAACUAAUAUAGGAGACAUUGUUCCUCAGAUCAAAGGAAACAUUUCAAUAUAUGGAAUCCCUUAUAGUGAACACAGCAGCUACCUAGAACUGAAACGUUUUGUUCAGUGGCUGAAGCCCCAGAAAAUCAUACCUACUGUGAAUGUUGGUACCUUGAAAUCUAGGAGGACAAUGGAGAAAUAUUUUAAAGAGUGGAAAUUGGAAGCUGGAUAUUGACUUUACCCGAAAGGACUCAGAACUGUUAAGUAACUUAGGUAUAGCUCAUUACUUAGUUAAAUCUUUAUUGAUAUGAAAUAUGCUUUGUAUGGAAAGCCCUGUGAAGGCUGCUUAGAGAGCUUGUUUUCUCAUUUAUGUUUAAAUAGCAUGUUUAUGGUGCCAGGUAUCUCACAGCAUUAUCAGUAAUGAUGGACACUAGUCUCCCAAGUACCCUUGAUUCUUGCUCCUCCCUCAGGAGCAGUUAUACUCUGCAUCUAGCCUUAGGAGAGGCAACAAAGGCAGCCUUAGGGACCAAAGGAUUCAUGGUAAUAGAUAAAUGACAUUGAAAGCAUUGUAUAUAAGUAAUUAUGUAUCUUUAAAAUUAUUUAAUAUGGAGCAUAUUUUUAUGAGAUAACUUUUAUAUGAUACUUAAAUAAAAAGUAAUCUUAAAUUUGCCACAGUGUCUUUUUAGGAAUUAUAAUUUAGGUUUUUAGGAAUUAUAACUGUGAUGUUCAUACAAUUAUCAAAUUUCAGUGAAAAUAGCAUUUGAUGCUAAGGAAGGUGAUUUAAAGACCCUAGGUAAAAAUAAAUAAAUGGAAAAAAAAAAAAACCCUAGGUAAUAACCCAAUAAAGGAUGGUGAAAAGUUUACCUGAAUAGAUGUUUAUUUGAACUGUUUAUUCAAGACAUCAGAUAAUUAGAAAUUCUGAUUGCAACAUUGGGAUUUGCAAUAAUAAAUGAGAUUAUAUAAUUUAUUUAUGAAUCUUGAUGUCUCC